GAAUUCUCUAGAAACCCCCAAAACACUCUCUCUUCUCUCUAUAAAAUCUCAUCGCAGUUCCUCAAUCGAUCUCAUCUUUGUCAACACUCUCUUUGUAAUCCGAUUUCACUCUCAUCUUUUCAACUUUGAUCAGUAAAAUGGAAGACGAUUUCGACAUGCAUCAGUUUCCGGCAGAGGAACAACCGGAGGAGAUGGAUAUGGAUAUGGAUCUCCCAGAAGACGAUGAAGCUGACUCAGCUCCUUAUUUGAAGAUCGGCGAGGAGAAGGAGAUUGGGAAAUCAGGAUUGAAGAAGAAGCUUGUUAAGGAAGGUGAAAAAUGGGAUACGCCUGAGAACGGAGAUGAAGUUGAAGUGCAUUACACGGGAACUUUGUUAGAUGGGACGAAGUUUGAUUCAAGCCGUGACAGAGGAACUCCUUUCAAAUUUACUCUUGGCCAAGGACAUGUGAUAAAAGGAUGGGAUAUAGGGAUCAAGACAAUGAAGAAAGGUGAAAAUGCUGUUUUCACCAUUCCUCCUGAGCUGGCUUAUGGAGAAACUGGUUCGCCUCCAACCAUUCCUCCGAACGCUACUCUUCAAUUUGAUGUGGAGUUGAUAUCAUGGAGGAGUGUUAAGGAUAUAUGUGGUGAUGGUGGGGUGUUUAAGAAAGUAAUUGUGGAAGGAGAAAAAUGGGAGAAGCCUAAGGACCUUGAUGCGGUUUACGUCAAGUAUGAAGCUCGGCUUGAGGAUGGCACCAUUGUUGGAAAGUCUGAUGGUGUAGAGUUCACUGUCAAGGAGGGCCAUUUAUGUCCUGCACUUGCUAAAGCUGUCAAAACCAUGAAAAGAGGGGAGAAGGUUCUUCUAACUGUGAAGCCACAAUAUGGCUUUGGGGAAAUUGGAAGACCAGCUUUUGAUGGUUUUCAAGCUGCAAUCCCACCAAAUGCGACCCUUCAGAUUGAUCUUGAGUUGGUUUCUUGGAAGAUUGUGGUGGAAGUGACUGACGACAAGAAGGUCAUUAAGAAAAUACUGAAAGAAGGAGAAGGAUAUGAGCGUCCCAAUGAAGGAGCAGUUGUCAAAUUGAAGUUGAUUGGUAAACUUCAAGAUGGAACUGUGUUCUUGAAGAAAGGUCAUGAUGAAGAGGAGCCAUUUGAGUUCAAAACUGAUGAAGAACAAGUAAUUGAAGGGUUCGAAAAAGCUGUGAUGGGAAUGAAGAAGGGUGAGGUGGCAUUCAUCAUGAUUUCACCGGAAUAUGCUUUUGGUUCUUCUGAAUCAAAGCAGGAGCUGGCUGUCAUACCACCGAACUCAACUGUAUCUUACGAGGUCGAGCUGGUAUCCUUCAUCAAGGAGAAAGAGUCUUGGGACAUGGACACGAAGGAAAAGAUAGAAGCCGCUGGCAAGAAGAAGGAAGAAGGAAAUGUACUGUUCAAGAACGGAAAAUACGCAAGAGCUUCAAAGAGAUACGAGAGGGGUGUCAGGUACAUAGAAUAUGACUCAGCUUUUGAUGAAGAGGAUAAAAAGAAAGCAAAAGCUUUGAAGAUUGCCUGUAACCUGAACAAUGCAGCUUGCAAGCUGAAACUGAAAGAUUACAAGGAGGCUGCAAAAUUGUCCACAAAGGUGUUGGAGAUGGAUGGUAGAAAUGUGAAGGCGAUGUAUAGGAGAGCACAUGCGUACAUGGAGACAGCUGAUCUCGAUUUGGCUGAGCUUGAUAUUAAGAAAGCUCUUGAAAUUGAUCCAGACAACAAGGAGGUGAAGAUUGAAUAUAAGAAGUUGAAGGAGAAAGUGAAAGAGUACAACAAGAAAGAUGCUAAAUUCUACAGCAACAUGUUGUCGAAAUUGUUGGAGCCACACAAAGGAGCUCAGAAAGAAGCACAAGCCAUGAGUAUUGACACCAAGGCUUAAGUUUGCAAAUCUCUUAGAGAGUAGCAUUCCUCCCAAAAAGUAAAAGUUGAAAUCUAUAAAUUUCUGUGGUACCUUUUGUGUUCUUGGUGUGUAUGGCUUUUACUCUGUUGAAAUAAAAAUAUAAAACAGACUUGUAAUAAACAAGGAUCCGCUCCAAGUACUUUAAGAAUCUUUAAGGGUUUGGCUUGGAGCCUUGGACCAAUUCGUA